AUGGGUCAGAGUCAAUCGACACGCAGAUCAGCUACAACCAAGACGGAUGGCAAGCGCUCGCCCAGCCAAGAGAAGCACACUUCCGCCGACUCCUCCACGCCAUUUGCUGUCAAGGCUGCUGAUCUAGAUAUCGACCGCUCGACGAUCACGGAGAAGCAUUCGAGCUAUGGAGGGACGACAGCGACUCGCAGUCGCGCGAAUACGAUGAGCUUCGGCUCAACAAUGGUUGGCAGCACAACACUUUCUCUCGGCAUUGACGACAUGGAUGGACAUGCUGACGUCAGCCGUCCGCCGCCACCUCCUCGCAUCCGCCAUCUCAGCGAGCUGAUCGAUCCUGCGGAGUUGCCAAUCGAUGCGCAUGUGCGCUCACCGAGCGGUCAUCUCCUUGCCCCGGAGCAGUUUCUUGUUCAUCCUGAUCGGCCUUUGAGCAUGCGCGAACGUCAGGAGGAGAUCCGUGAGAAGAUGCGCUCAGCCAGUCGAAUGGGUGUCGAGGCAGAGCCUGCUGUUGCGCAGAUGCCGUCACCGCCCAAGUCCAAGAAGCGCAAGGGUUGCCGUAAUUGCUUCCGCGCCUGA